AUGGCCACUCCUAAUGCAUCAUGUCCCUCACCAAUGAAGGCCACCUCCAAUGGGGCGUUCCAACAUGAAAAUCCCUUGGACCAUGCGGUUCCCCUAUUAAUCCUUCAGAUAUGUUUGGUUGUGGUGUUCACCAGAUUCCUUGCAUUCAUCUUCAAACCUCUCAGACAACCAAGAGUUAUUGCAGAGAUCGUUGGAGGGAUAUUGCUUGGACCAUCAGCAAUUGGGCGGAAUGAGAAAUUUCUGAACACAUUUUUCCCUAAGAGAAGCUUAACUGUGCUUGAAACUGUAGCCAAUAUUGGCCUUCUAUUCUUCUUAUUUUUGGUGGGGCUUGAGCUUGACUUGCGUUCUAUACGGAAAACUGGUAAGAAGGCCUUAAUGAUUGCCCUUGCUGGCAUCACAUUGCCUUUUGUACUUGGCAUUGGCACAUCAUUUGUUCUUCGAGCCACCGUAUCCAAAAAUGUUGAUCCAACCGCCUUCCUUAUUUUCAUGGGUGUUGCCCUCUCAAUCACUGCCUUUCCCGUCCUUGCCCGUAUCCUAGCCGAGCUAAAACUCCUCACAACUGAUGCUGGUCGCAUCGCAAUGUCGGCAGCUGCUGUAAAUGAUGUUGCAGCAUGGAUACUGCUUGCUCUUGCCAUAGCUCUCUCUGGUUCUGACACAUCCUCACUUGUUCCGUUAUGGGUCAUGCUUUGUGCUACUGCUUUUGUCCUCUUUGCUAUGUUUGUCAUAAAACCCUUACUUACAUUAAUGGCCAAGCGUUCCCCUGAGGGUGAACCAGUGCAAGAGAUCUACAUAUGCAUCACCUUGACACUAGUCCUGGUUUGCAGUUUUGUCACUGAUACUAUUGGCAUUCACGCACUCUUUGGGGCUUUUGUGGUUGGCAUUGUUAUGCCCAAGGAUGGUCCUUUUGCUGGGGUGUUGAUCGAGAAGAUAGAGGACCUUGUGAUGGGUCUCUUAUUGCCACUCUAUUUUGUGUCCAGCGGUUUGAAGACUGAUGUGACAACUAUACGUGGAGCAGUUUCUUGGGGUAUGCUAGUGCUUGUUAUAUUCACUGCUUGCUUUGGAAAGAUCGUUGGCACAUUCGUUGUGUCAUUGUUAUGUAAGGUGCCUUGUAGAGAAGCCUUGGCUCUUGGAUUUCUCAUGAACACCAAGGGCUUGGUGGAGCUCAUUGUUCUCAACAUUGGCAAGGAUCGGAAGGUACUGAAUGACCAGACAUUUGCAAUUUGUGUUUUAAUGGCACUGGUCACCACUUUCAUCACCACCCCAUUAGUGAUGGCAGUGUAUAAACCAGCUCGCACGGGAUCACCUUACACGCAUAAAACUGUUCAACGCAAAGAUCCUGACACAGAGCUUCGAGUGUUGGCAUGCUUCCACAGUACCUGCAACAUUCCCACCUUAAUCAAUCUAAUAGAGUCAUCCCGGGGAACCAGAAAGCGAGGAAAGUUGUGUGUGUAUGCAAUGCACUUGAUGGAACUCUCAGAGCGACCUUCAGCCAUCACAAUGGUUCACACCGCACGCAACAAUGGCAUGCCCUUUUGGAACAAAAAGCAUGACAAUAGAGAUCAAAUGGUCAUUGCAUUUCAGGCUUAUGGCCAUCUGAGUAGUGUCAACGUUCGUCCCAUGACAGCCAUAUCGGCCUUCAGCAAUAUCCAUGAAGACAUCUGUACUAGUGCACACCAAAAGCGAGCAGCAAUGAUUAUCCUCCCUUUCCACAAACACCAACGUUUUGAUGGGACAAUGGAGUCACUGGGACACUCACUGCAUGUAAUGACUGGCCUUGUGCUUAGCCAUGCUCCUUGCUCUGUGGGAAUUUUGGUUGAUCGUGGCCUUGGAGGGACAAGCCAAGUCCAAGCUAGUGAUGUGUCCUACCAGGUUGUGGUAUGCUUCUUUGGAGGACGAGAUGAUCGUGAAGCACUUGCAUAUGGGAUAAGACUGGCUGAACACCCUGGGAUUUCACUCACUGUUGUGAAGUUUGUAGCUGCACCUGGGAAGACAUUCGCCUUUGGUGCCAAAUUGAUUGGUAUAACAGCCAACAAGGACAGGAAGGUAAUAGAUGUGGCUGAAGGUACAAGUUAUGAUGAAGAAAAACAAGAGGAUGAAAAAUUUUGGUCUGAGUUCCUGAGUUUGUGCUGCAAGAACGUGGACUCAACAAUGUACGAGGAAAGGAUGGUAGAAAGAAAAGAAGAUGUUAUAGCAGUAUUGAGGGAGAAGAACAAGAGCAAUCUAGUUUUGGUUGGUAGAAUGCCACAAGUGGCACCUUUGGUACUCACAAGUGAUUGUCCCGAACUUGGUCCCAUUGGAAGCUAUUUGGCUACUUCUGAGUUCUCCACCUUUUCAUCAGUAAUAGUUUUCCAACAAUAUAAUCCCAAAACAGACGUUAAUCCAUUGGUUAUGGAGGUUUCUGAUCACAUGGAUAUGCCAGACACACCAACGCGUUCUCCAAAGUAG